UUUUAACAGUUUCUCUCGGGAAAUUCCUUGAUAAAUUUCAGGAUAAAUCCACGGAGUAAUUCAAGGAGAAUUCUCUACACGCAGAGAAAUAAAUUGUAAACACAAUCAAACUCUAGUUUAAAUUAACCAGUUUUUCAGUUUUCUACAGCGACAAACAGAUUUCUAGUUCAAAGUGAACUGUUCCAUUGCACUAUGGGGAAAAAUAGGUAUAAAACGCGAAUAAAUUCAAUAUCUCUGCUCGGAGUGGAUGGAUUCGAAUGAAAUUUUGACACAAACUGCGAAAAUCUCUACAGUUUCAGAUAAGGAGAGCGUCAUUCACCGCACGAUGCUGGAAAGCAGUGUAUCGGGUCCGUUUUAACCCACUCUCUCUCAUAUUCACCUUUUGGGAAAAAAUCCUGGAGUGCAAAACAAAUGAUUUAUUUAAUUCGUGUUUGUGUUAAAACUUCCGUGGUAUCCAAUUAAGCUGGUUUGGUUCACCGCACGGCAUAAAAAAUUAGAAUAUCUUCAAAUAACCCCGAUAUCACGUAUUUCUUUAAAGAGAAGGACCAAUCUUAAUUUCCAAUACUAUGGAAGUUUCUACACAAACACGAGUUAAAUAAGCCAUUUAUUUUUCAACCCAGCCGGGAAUAGAUGACGAUUUUCACAAAAAGGUGCGAAAGCGAGAGAGCGGGGUAAAACGAGCUCAAUACACUGAUACCCAGCAUCGUGCGGCGGAGGACACCCUCCUUAUCUAAAACUAAAGAGAUUUUUGCAGUGUGUGCCAAAAAUUCAUUCGAUUCCAUCCACUCCGAGCAAAGAUAUUGAAUUUAUUCGCAUUUUAUACCCAUUUUUUCCCACUGUGCAUUGUUAAAAAAAAAAACAAAUAUUUUGUCACUUGACAGUUUGUUAAAACAAACAGAGAUUUUGUAGUUUCUGUUAUGUUCGACCUAAUGUCAGAAUCCUCACAUUCCAUAAAUGAAGUUUAUAGCUCAAUGUUCACUAGAGUGAAUUCAGAAUUAUAGCAGCUAGGUAUGAAGGAAGAAUAAAUAUACGACGGCGGUCUCUUGUAUCUUGACUGUUAACAGAGUUGGACGUAUUUCAUUUUAUCUCCGAAGCUAUAGAUCAGAACAUAAAAGGUGUCGACGAGUUGGAAAACGUGCUUGCAGUAGGAGAAUAGUGGAUUUAAGAUUUUUUGUUCCCUACAUAAGCAGUGGUAGCGUGCAGAAAAUUAAGGAAAAGUUUUCCUUGUGCGGUCAGUGAGCUGUAGGGAUUGAAGCAGCUGAUCGGUGGGCUUAGUGGAGCAUCAAAAGCGCAUUUACGAAUAGUGAAGAUUUCGGAAGCAAGUGGGGUGUGACAAGGCACGGCGCAGCGUCGUGCUGCCUAGCCAUCGUGUGCGAGAGAUAGUGUUCUGUCCCAGACGAAAAAACUGUUGAAAAAGUUGAGUGUAGCAAGGUCCAAACCUUGUGUGCAUGGAAAAACGUGGAUUUAGUAAGAACAGAUUAUCUCGGAGCCAUUUUGAUAUCUACCGGCCCGGCGUUGAAAGUGGUAUAUCGGUGAUCGCCAUUUUGUUAGGCAUUGUUAUAGGAAGAAAAGAACUGCAAUAGAGGUCAAUAAGUGAGCGGUGUAUCUCGAUUGAGUCCGUGAGUGACUCGGCUUGUGUCGGUGCGUUUGCGGUACAGCGGUAUAGCGGUAUAGCGGCAGUAGUACGAGCAGUGGGCAGAGAAAGGAAGAAGACUGUGAGUGAUCAGUGCUUUUUGGCGAUUUGGUGAGCGAUAGAAUUGUGAGACGACUCCGAGGGCUGCGCAUUAGACGAAAUCGACGGUGAGACGGGCGUUCAAGCGUGAGCAGAGAGCGGCAGCUUUUGUUUCCCGUCGGUUGGUUAAGUAAAGACAGCGAGGUCACGUAAGUCAUUUCUAUUUUUUUUCCUUUUGUCAUUUUUAGACGAUUUAUCAUUUGUUUACGGCAAACAUGGCGGCACUGAUCGGUACGGUCGAUCAUUUUGUAAAAGGGUCGAGUUUCGCUAAGUACAUGGAAAGAAUGAAAAUUCUGUACCAACUGAACAACAUUCCAGAGGCCACAAAGAAAAAUCUUUUCAUUACCCUUAGUGGUCCCACGAUAUUUGACGAAAUUUGCUUAAUCUACCCAGGGGUUGAUAUCAUGACAAUUGAUUAUGAUGAAAUGAUUAAUAAAUUAAAAGAGCGUUUAGACAAGACUACUCCUAACAUGAUGAAUAGACACAAGUUUCAUUCGCGGAUACAGGGCAUAGAAGAACCGGCUGAAAAUUACGUUCUAGCGUUGAAACUAUUAGCAAGUGAGUGUGGGUUUGGAGCACAUAAGGAUGAAGCUAUAAAAGACAAAAUAAUUUUUGGUUUGCGUGAUCAGGAGUUAAAGCAAAAGCUUUUGAUGAGGGAUGGCAUGUCUUUGGAAGAAGUUGAGGAAUUAGUGGUACGCAGUGAGCUUGCUAAGCUUCGAGCAAAGGAAUUGAGUUGUACAGAAGAAGGUCCUAGAAGUGUGAAUUCGGUUAAAUACAGAUUAGGAGACGUAGAGCAGCAGCGUAGCGAAAUAGGGCGAUCCACGAGGCAGUUUUCACGUGACUACGGACGCAGGCAGCGCAGUCGUAGUAGAAGCAUGGAGAGGGGACGUGGUGCUUUGCGGUCCGGUUUUAAUCGGUACAAUCAUAGAAAUGGAUAUGUUAACGAACAAAGAGAUAAUUUUAGAGUAUUGCGUGACUAUCGGGAGGACAACGUCCAUUCUAGCGUAAUUUGUAAUUUUUGUAAAAAACGUGGCCAUGUGAAACGUAACUGCUUCAAAUUUAUGAACCAAAGAUCGGUGAAUUUCGUAGAAAAGGAAAAGGAGGAAGUGGAGUACUAUGAUUUUAAGCGGCUAAAGCUUCAAGAAUCGGAAGAUGAAGAAUCGGAUUAUCCGUGCAUGAUGAUUUCAGCAGAAGAACACUUCAGUGAGCCAUGCGUAGUAAGAGUUUCGGUUAACGGUGUGCAGCUCAAAAUGGAAAUAGAUUGUGGUGCGGCGGUGACGGUUAUUAGUAGAGAUCAUUAUAGAAAACACUUUAGUCAGGUGCCAGUAAAAAAAUGCAAUAGUCGUUUGGUAGUAGUCAAUGGUCAACGUUUAGGUAUUUUCGGAAAAAUUGAGGCUGAUGUUGUGGUGGAUAAUAACCAGAAACGGGCUAAUUUAAUCAUACUCGAUGGGCCGGGGAAAUUCGUACCGCUGUUCGGCCGUGACUGGAUGGAUUUGUUUUACCCUCAAUGGAGAAAAGCUUUUGUAAAUGUAGCGAAUAUAAACUCAAUGGAUUCAUGCCGACAGGAAACGAAGGGUUAUGAAGCGGACCUUGCCCUAAAGGAAGAUAGACCCAUAUUCCGUAAAGCUUACGAUGUACCAUUCAAGCUGAGAGAAAAAGUAACGCAACAUUUGGACUCCUUGGAGAAGCAAAAUGUAAUUUCUCCUAUCCAGGUCAGUGAAUGGGCUUCUCCGGUCGUGAUAGUUUUAAAAAAGGAUAAUGAUAUUCGAAUGGUACUAGACUGCAAAGUGUCUAUAAAUAAAUGCAUUAUACCCACAACAUACCCUUUACCAUUGGCGCAGGACAUUUUUGCUUCCCUAUCAGGCUGCAAAUGGUUUUGUUGUCUCGACCUGGCGGGGGCGUACACGCAAUUAAAGUUAUCAGAGAGGUCAAAAAAAUUUGUUGUCAUUAACACAAUCAAGGGUCUUUACGUUUACAACCGCCUGCCACAGGGAGCCUCUUCGAGUGCGUCCAUAUUUCAGAGAGUAAUGGACAGUAUUUUGAUUGGACUGGAAUAUGUUUGUUGUUAUCUUGAUGAUGUCUUGAUUGCUGGUAGGACAUUGAAGGAAUGUAAGAAUAAUUUAUACCUAGUUCUUCAAAGGCUUCAGGACGCAAAUGUGAAAGUAAACCUAAAAAAAUGCAAACUUUUCGUACAAUCACUUCCAUAUUUGGGUCAUUUAAUAACAGAUGAAGGAAUAUUGCCAUCUCCUGAAAAGCUGCUAACAGUGCAAGAAGCCAAAGUUCCUAAGGAUGUCUCGGAACUAAAGGCAUUUUUAGGCCUAAUUAAUUAUUAUGGUAGAUUUGUGCCUCACUUAUCGGUCAAAUUGAGCUGUUUGUAUGCUUUGCUUAAAAAGGGUGCAAGAUACAUUUGGGAUGAGAGAUGUCAAACAGCUUUUCAGGAGAGUAAAACAGCUUUAAUCAAUGCCAACAUUUUAGAAUUCUAUGACCCAAAUAAACCAAUCAUAGUUAUUUCCGACGCUUGUAAUUAUGGUCUUGGAGGAGUUCUAGCUCAUUUGGUAGACGGCAAAGAAAAACCGGUUAGUUUUGUCUCCUUCUCGUUAAACGCGGCACAAAAAGCUUACCCGAUUCUUCACUUGGAAGCUUUAGCGUUGCUCUGUACCGUAAAAAAGUUCCAUAAAUUUUUGUUUGGGCAGAAAUUUACAAUAUACACUGAUCACAAGCCCCUGCUAGGAAUUUUUGGUAAGGAAGGAAAGCAUCAGUUGUGUGUUACUAGGUUGCAACGUUAUGCUAUGAAUAUGUCAAUAUAUAAUUUUGAAAUUCACUAUAGGCCUUCUUCUCAAAUGGGAAACGCUGAUUUUUGUUCUAGGUUCCCUUUAGAACAAAGCGUUCCAAGCCACAUUGACAACGGACAAAUAAAUAGCAUAAAUUUUUUCAGCGAUUUUCCUCUAGAUUUUUCUCAAAUUGCUAAAGAAAGUGUGUCGGAUUCAUUUCUUUCAAAAAUAGCACUAUAUAUAGCAAACGGAUGGCCUCAUAGAAUAGAAAAGGGUUGGCAACAGGUUUAUUCAGUACGGAAUGAACUGGAAAUUGCAGACGGCUGCAUUUUGUACCAGGAUCGUGUUAUGAUACCUUUAUCAUUGAGACUUCCUAUGCUAAAGCUGCUCCAUGCAAAUCACAGCGGGAUAGUUAGAAUGAAGCAGCUGGCCCGUCGUAGUUUGUUUUGGUUCGGUUUAAACGCAGAUAUCGAAAACUUUGUGAAGCUUUGUCAGGCAUGUUUAAAGACAGCAGUCGUUCCCAAACCAGAAAGUAACUCUUCUUGGAUGCUUACUACACGCCCUUUUAGCCGUAUACACGCCGAUUUCUUCUAUUUUGACUCCAAAACUUAUUUACUAGUGGUGGAUAGUCACACAAAAUGGCUAGAAAUUGAAUUAAUGAAGUACGGGACAGAUGCAGGUAAAGUUAUAAAAAAAUUUACAGCUAUUUUCGCAAGAUUUGGGCUUCCAGACGUGCUCGUCACAGAUGGUGGGCCUCCAUUCAACUCUAGCCAAUUCACGACCUUUAUGGAACGGCAGGGAAUAAAAGUAAUGAAAAGCCCUCCAUAUAAUCCUAGUAGUAAUGGACAGGCAGAGAGGAUGGUUAGAGUGGCAAAGGAUGUUUUUAAGAAGUUCCUAUUAGAACCGGAGACAAGAUCUUUGGAUACAGAAGAUCGUAUUACGUACUUUUUAAUGAAUUACAGAAAUACCUGUAAUUCUGAUGACAAAUUUCCUUCGGAAAAGAUGUUGAGUUUUAAACCAAAAACGUUAAUUGAUCUUGUUCAUCCUAAACGACAGUAUAAGCAUUAUCUGGAACCUCUUCCUGAGAAGGAAAAGGUUUUUGUAGAUACUUGUAGUACGCCCUCACAGGAUCCUUUUCUUAUGUUAACUUUGGGAGACAAAGUCUUGUAUAAGAACAAUAAUAAACAUUCGAUAGAAAGGUGGAUCGUAGCCAAGUAUGUCAAAAGAGUCUCACCGAGUGUAUUUCGUAUCUCUUUUGACAGGCAUGUCAUAAACGCGCAUCGGGAUCAGCUAAAACUCAUCAGGCCACCAGUAACUUCAGCGAGGUUUCAAAUUACGGUACCAUCGAAACAGUGUUCGAAAAGACAGAGGUCAGACAGCCUCUCUGGUGAGGAGGAUUUCCACGGUUUCCCAGAUGUACCUUUAGUUCCGGAAAACUCGGGAAGUGAUGGUAGGCGUUUCAAAAUAGCGAGACGCAGUCCCAUUCGCACGCGCAGUCAUACGAGAGCAAGCAAGACGAAUUGAAGAUGCAGCGAGGUAGCAGAGAUCCAGCUGACGGUGGUGGAUUACUCAGAUCCAAACUGUCAUUUCGAAAGUGUUGUAGUAAGAAGAAAAAGAGAAAGUAAAUUUAAGACAAAGUGAUGAUGAAUUGAUAUAAAUUAAUGGUUCUUGAGAUGUGACCUAAAAUUUCGAAUGCAUUGUAAGUUUUAACAUAACAUAAGAUGAAAUUUGUAAAGGGAAGAAUUUAAAAAGAAAUUUGAGUUUAAUUGUGUGCUAUUCAAUGAAUGUUCUGCGAUAAACAAAAAGUUCGAUAUGUUUCAACAAUAGACAUAUAUAUACUUGUACUUCUAUUGUUUCAACUAAAGGGGAAAGAACUGUUAUGUUCGACCUAAUGUCAGAAUCCUCACAUUCCAUAAAUGAAGUUUAUAGCUCAAUGUUCACUAGAGUGAAUUCAGAAUUAUAGCAGCUAGGUAUGAAGGAAGAAUAAAUAUACGACGGCGGUCUCUUGUAUCUUGACUGUUAACAGAGUUGGACGUAUUUCAUUUUAUCUCCGAAGCUAUAGAUCAGAACAUAAAAGUUUCAACAGAAAAUAAUGGAUUGUUUUAAACUACCGCUCUUUUGCUACUAAAAAAGCUGGAAUGUGAUUGCGUUGGUGACUACUCCUGCUGCAGCUCGGAAAUCUAUUUUUAGACACUCAGCAAGUUGAUGGAAAAGAGAACAAAUAAUAAAGACAAAAAGUCGAACGGGCCAACUUUUGUGGAUGGCCUUCUUUAGUUAGUACAUGCGCUUCACCCAUCACGGUCACAACUGCAUUUGUAAGUUGGGGUGAUGGAUGUGACUACACCUUCCUCGUUGUGGUGAUGUUGGGGUAAACAUUUUGGAGAUGUGUAAGUGCUCCCUUUGUGGUCCCUAUCUUGUAGCAACACAUGAAGAUUCUAACGUUAUUUGGAAUAAAGAUGAUGAUGAUGAUGAUGAUGCGUAAUUUUUUUGCGCGUACAUAUAUUCCUGGAAAUGUAUACCCCCAGAGGAGUUCCUGUAUCAAUUUAUAUGGAAAUAGUACUGAAGGAAGAACCAGCAAGAAUUUCUAGAAUUCCCGCAGAAGUUCCUAAAGGAAUCACAAGAAAAACUUCUAAAUGCAUCCCAGGAGAAAUGCCCGAAAAAAAAAAAUCUUCGAUAAAUGUCUAAACGGAUUCUUAUGGAGAUCCUGGGAAAACACCAGCAAAACUUCCUGGAGGAAUGCCAUCACAUAUUCCAGAAAAGUAAUAACAAUUCUUUUAGUGUGGUAGUUAGUGGCGGCGGUCCCGGGCUGGUCGGGUACCAGCCCGGAUGGCUGUGAUAUUUCCAAUCACAUUACCAGUCGCUUCGUGUGUUUUGGUGAUAAUAAUCUUCAAUUUCUUUAUUCUCUUGCUCUAUAUAUACCAAUUCUAAUAAGACGAAUGUCUACGCAAGAAAUCAAUAUUGUUAUAAGAUCUCUGGAACAAAAACCGGGAGAAAUCUCUGAGAGAAUCAUGGCAACCAUUCUUGCAGCAAUUUCAUUCGGAAAUUGUUAGCAAAAAUCCUCCUGGAGUUACUUCUGAAAGUCCUCCAAAAGUUCCUUCUGCCAAUCAUUCAGAAGUUCCUUCUGGGAGCUCUCCUGGUGUUGUUUAAAGAAAUCUAUCACGAGUUUUUUUCUGGAAAUCCUUCAGAAGUUCCUUGUGAGAAGCCUUCAGGAUUGAUGAGAUGCUUCUAGAAGUUUCUUGAGGGAAUCCAAGUGAUCAUUUUGUCGAUUUUGAGCACAUUAAAAAAACUCUUCAGAUUCAAAGCUUUCAGGAACUUUAUUCAGAUUUUUUUUUUGCGUUGAUUAGAAAAAUUUCAAUAAGUCGUAGAAAAUUGGUUCGAUUUUGAAACUCCAUACAUUUUGUAUGGGAUGAGAAAUUGGUAAAAAACUUUAAAUGUCAUUUACUCAAAAGUGGGUUUAUGUCACCUUUUUGCUUCUAACCCCCUCAAUAAUUAGUUGAAAAUAUAAUAAAGCAUUUUUGGCUACUUCUAUAUGUCAGUUAAAUUGUCAUUUGGUUGUUGAAAAUUGUUAAACAUUGGUAGUAUGGUAAAAUCACUCUGAUAAAGCUAAGGAUUAAGUGUCCAUGAAUGUAAUAAUUGAAUAAGAUACCUACCAAUAAAGACCAUUAAAAAAACGAAGGUUUCGAAAAAAGAAGAUUAAAGGGUUGCCAUAUGUAGAGUUAAAAAGAGAAAAAAGUCUGAUGAGAGAAAAGGAAGAAAAGCAUAGCAAAGCGAUAAGAAAAACCUUAACACGUUAUCAAAGUGACCGUUGAAAAUUAAUAGCCGAUGUUAAUAAAAAUAGAAGUUAUACCCGAGUGUAGUUAUAAGUUGGAAUCACGACCCAUUAGCGUCGGCCAGCUAAUGUACUCUCACGAGACGCCAAAUUCCUUAAGGAACCCCUGAAAGCAGCCUCGAAGCUCCGCUUAAGAGCCUUCGCCUACCAAGUAGCCCGCCCGAAGACCAUACUGAGGGUCUGCAACGUACUAGAACCCUGAUACAACCCUGGAAAAGCCCCGUACUCCGCAGCAUUGGCCUUGUCUGUCGAGCCGCAUCCCUGACGAUCGUUUUGUGCCCUCCGAAGACCUCCGAUGCCUGCGAGGACGUCUUAGGUCCGCUGACAGCCCAAAACCCCACCAGAACGUCAAAAACCCAUCCACGUGCUGCAUUUCCACAGGCUGGCCGCAUCAAGACACCCCCACACAAAUAUCGUAUGUUCAAAUAAAUCGUUAAAAAAAAAGAAAAGUGCGAUUUAUUGGAUCCUUUACGAGUUCACGUCGGUGAUGAGAGUCUCUCGUGCUAGGGCUGGUCCAUCUUACCCACCAACAUUCGAAUUCCAGGAUCCCAUACUUAACUUCUGUUCCCUAAAGGAUUCCAAUGCCUAACAUAAUGAACUCCUACAUUCCUUAAAGACAUUUUUGAAGUAUUUUCUGCAGAAAUCCUCUUACAAGGCACACGCGUUGGAGUAUGGCGGCAGUUACUGAAACAAUCCUAGAUUACAUUUUGUGAGCAAUCGAGAUAUGAAAAUCCCGGAUAAAAACUGUGUACAUCCCGGAGAAAUUCACGGAAGGAACACCAAUGCCCUAAUACAAUGCCCUAAUGUUCCUAUACAAUAAGCUAAUCAAAUAAAUUUCCAUCACAAUCGUGUACGAACAAUACAGAAAUCAAUAUGACCCACACUUACGUAGUGUUCUAGUGGUAUCAGUAGGUCGGCUCCAGAGGCACGUUCUCCUCCAUUUGAUGUCCUAGUGAACAAAAGAGCCGUAAAUAGUAAUAGUAAUGAGUAAAUAAAGAAAAAAAAACUAGAUUACUCCAAAUGACAAAAAAGUCACCUAGAACUUCUUCCGAAUUUGCAACCCUUCCUAGCAUUCCCUAGGGAAAAUCUCAGAUAAAAAAACUGUAGAAAUCCGAAAAGAAAUUCAUUAAUUUCCCAUAUGGAAUUGAUAAAUUUUCGCAAAGAGCUUUAGAAGAAACCCGUGGGAAGUUCCGAGCUGGAACUCUAGUAGAAACUCAAAAGUGAACUUCGUGAGAAAUACCGGCAUGGUCUCCAUCCAAUUCAUACCAGAUCAGAUCAAUCACGGAGGAGCAACCAUUGACUUGUAUAGGCUAAGCUAAGCAAACUCCGGGUAGGUUUCCAAUUGAAAUCCAGGAGGGGAGCGGACCUGGUGUGAUGGUUAAAACACUUGACUAUCACGCCGAGGAACUGGGAUCGAAUCAUACUCCCGACAAACUCACAAAAUGUGAGUUCUUCCUUCGGAUGGGAAGUAAAGCGUGGGUCCCGAGAUGAACUAGCUUCUUCUUCUUAUUUAUGGCUUUACGUCCCCACUGGGACUUGACCAGCCUCGCUUCAACUUAGUGUUCUUUGAGCACUUCCACAGUUAUUAAUUGAAGGGCUUUCUUCGCCUGCCAUUGCAUGAAUUUGUAUAUUGUGAGGCAAGUACAAUGAUACACUAUGCCCAGGGAGUCGGGAAAAUUUUCCCGACCGGAACGGGAAUCGAACCCGCUGUCUCCGGAUUGGCGAUCCAUAGCCUUAACCACUAGGCUAACUGGAGACCCCGAGAUGAACUAGCCUAGGGCUAAAAAUCUCGUUAAUACAGAAGCAAAAAAAUCCAGGAGGGAAGUUUGGUCAAUUCUCCCAAAGAAACUGGAGAGAAUCCCGAAAGAAAUUCUGGAACAGAUGUCUGAAAGAACUUCUCGAGGGAUUCCGCGACGGAUUUCUGGAUAAAUUCAUUGGAAUAUUUCUGUCAAAUCCCAAUGAAAAAUCAAGGGAGAUCCCGGGUUGUUUUUGUAAAUCCCUGGAGGAACCAAUGCAGAGGUUUCAGUAAAAACUCCUGCAAAACCAUGAAAGAAACUUUAGCAGAAAUUCCAAAGUGGAUCUUCAGGAGAAAUCACCGGGGAAACCACUGACAAAACCCCGCAAAAAAUCGGCCAGGGAGAAAAUUUCGAAAAAAAAACCUUGGUCAAAUCCCUCUAAGAGAUCCCCAUCAGAGUUUUUCAGUUCUUUCAAGUGGUAUUAGAUUCACUGAAAAAGCCAGUUAUUUAACCUGUUAACGCUCAAAAGUAUCUUACACAACUCAAAUGUUUCAUGUUUCAAUAAUAGUUAUUUAUGUAACGAGUUGCAAAAAGCAGAUUUUUUUCAACACGAGUUGUACAUUUAUCCAACGAGGCUUUCCAAGUUGGAUAAAAACUAAAAGUGCUGAAAAUAGAGUUUUGCAACGCGUACCAUACUAGUUAUUUAUGUAACGAGUUGCAAAAAGUUGAUUUUUUCAGCACGAGUCGUACAUUUAUCCAACGAGGCUUGCCGAGUUGGAUAAAUACGAAGAGUGCUGAAAAAAUCGAGUUUUGCAACGAGUUCCAUACAAAAUUUUAUGCAAUGAUUUUUUCAUUAUACAACUCAUUUGAGUUGCAUAAUGUUCAUAAUGCAACUCAAAUGAGUUGCAUAAUGAACAUUAUGCAACUAUUUUUCAUUAUGCAACUCAUUUCAGUUGCAUAAUGAACCGGUACGGAAAAGUUGGUCAUUAUGAUACUGAAAUGAGUAGUAUAAAAUAGAAAUUAUGAUACUGAAUUGCAUAAACAAUUUUUUGCAAAGAGUUUUUUAUUAUACAACUCAUUUGAGUUGUAUGAUGUUCAUAAUGCCUCAAAUGAGUUGCAUUACGAACAUUAUGCAACUAUUUUUUAUUGUGCAACUCAUUUCAGCUGCACAAUGAACCAGCUCAGAAAAAUUGACUAUUGUGAUACUAAAAUGAGUUAUAUAAAAUAGAAAUUUUGAUACUGAAUAUCAUAAAACACAUUAAGGAGACUCACUAAAAAGAUUAUGUACACUGCGUAAGCCAUGAUAAUCGGGUAAUGACAUGUUUCAUGAAAUCAUCAAUGAAAUAAUCAAAGAUUGCCUUGGUGCUCGCGGCGUUUGAUCAGGAUAAUAUUUAAUCAGCGGUUUACGCUGUUUAGUGAACCACCUAGUUAUUUAAAAAAUCAUGAUCCAGAAUCUUUUCGUAUAGAAUAAAAAGAUAUAAAACAAUCUUUUUUUCGUAAGGGAGAAUCUAUAAAUGACUUGCAUCUGGAGGAAUUCACUGUCAGGAAAUAUACUGAGAUAAACCCUAGUAUAAAUCCCGAAACAUAUUCUCGAAGAAAUUCCGAAAGAAAUCUCUGUAAAUAUCUCGGGAAGAAUUCCUCAGAAAUCCCUGAAUAAAUCUUGGAGCAAUCCCAGCAAAAAUCUCUGAAGGAAGUCAACUUUAAGAGGAGUCUCCUAAAUGGAUUCCUUAAAGGAAUUCCGGAAGGAAUCCCACAAAACAUAACCAAGGAAAAAAGUCCCCCCCCCCCCUUAAAAAUAUUGAGAGAAGUACCUGAAAGAAUGACGAAAGGAAUCCCUAAGCGAAUCCUGGAAUAAAUCAUUGUAGAGCUCCUGAAAAACCCCCUAUCGAAAUCAUGAGAAAAACCAUUCAAAGAAUCCCAACAGAACUCAAUGAAGAAGAAAUCCAGUAUAAAUUUCGGAAGGAAUCCAUGAAAGAAUCCCGAGAGAAACCCGUAAGAAUCCUCGGUGAAAAUCCCUGAAAAAUCUGGGAGUUAUCCUUGAAAGUAACACAACAGCAGCAGCGUUUCAAUAUCUUAGAGGAUUUAAAAAAAAAAUCCCCGAAAGGAUCCAUGAAGAAUCCUUGUAGGAAAUUACAAAUAUUUAAAACAAAAAUCCCUGAAAGAGGGCGAGAUUAAUCAAUGAAAGAAUUUCACAAAUAAUUUCGGGAGAACUUCCUAAAGGAAUCCCAGGAAGAAUCCUUUAAAGAUACCUGGACGAAUCUCAAGAGGAACUUCUAGAGGAAAAUUUUGUAAAAAUCAAUAAAAAAUACCUAGAAGAAUUCCUGAAGGAAUCCCGGGAGAAAUCUUAGGAAGAAUCCUAGAGGACUUCCUGGUGAUGACAUCUGAUGCAGUCUUGGGAGUAAUGCGUGAAAGAAUCACCAAAGGAAUCCAGGAAGACAUCCCCAAAGGAAUUCUGGGAGGAACCCAGGAAAUAUCCUUGAAGGAACCCUGGAAGAAUUAUCUGAGGAAGACCCGAGGGAACUCACUGAUCUCGGGUAAAAAUGCAGAAGGAAAUCCAUGAAAGAAUGUCGGGAGAGAUUGAUGAACAAAUCUUCAAAGGAGUCCUUGAAAAUAUCUAGGAAGAAUGUCUACAUGAACCUCGGAAGGAAUCGGAAGGAGUCCCGAGAGAAAUCUCUAAAGAAAUGCUAGGAGAAAGCAAUAAAGAAAUGUUGAAAGGAAACUUAAGAAAUUUUUAUAGGAAUUUUAAGAAGAUCCCAAUCAAUAAAGGAGUCCCGCAGAAAAUCAAUGCAGGAAUUUAGUAUGGGAUUUCGAAGACAUUCCUAAAAGGGGCGAAAACUCAGCAAGAAUCCAAGAGUAAUCUCUGCUGCAUUUGAGGGAAUAAUUCGUAAAAAAAAACAAAAUUAAUACCGGAAGACACCGAUGAACAUUCAUUGAACAAGCCAGUGCACAGAAAAGGCGACAAAGUAGGGAUUUUUUCCUAAUUUUGGCAAAGGGUGGAGAGACGCUAAGUGUACAAAUCAUCGGAAAUGGGAGGGGUGAUGGAAUGCCGAAUAUAUCUCUCAAGGAAUCUCGGGAAAAAUCAAGAGAAAGAAAGAAUCUCAGCAGCAACUCCAAUGGCAUUUAAAAAAAAAACUGGAGGAAUCGCACGAUAAAUAACUAUAUUAAACUCGGGAACGUCUAAUGGAAUGACCCGGGAAAAUAUGCCGAAAGAAAUCCGUGAAAAUCCCGGAAAAGGUCCUUGAGUCACGAGAGAAAUUUGAGUACAAAAAACCCCCCUAUCUUUUGCUGAAAUCAGGAAAAAGCCCUCCCUUGCCGCCUUUUCUGUGCACGGGCCUGUCAGCAAGGCCAUGCUGAAGGUGACUGGCCUUCAUAGACUUUUGUCCAUACACUAUUUAGGAACUUGUAGACUUUGGCUGGAUCCCCUUCCACCUAGAUAGACUUCCCCCCCCCCCCUCCUUCAAAAAUAUUUGGCUGGAUUUGUAUUUUGAGGGAGCAGAUAAAAAAUAUUUAUCAAAAUAUCGGGUCUUGCCAAAAUAUCUUAACAAAUCCGAUGUGUUUUUAAUAUUUUUCAGAAUAAAUGCUUUAUUAUUUUUAUCCCCACCCCCCCUUCGACCAGCCAAAGAGUGGUGGGACAAAAAGUGAAAUAAAUAUUUGUAACGGCCCAAGUGUGGAAGUGCUCGCAUAAUACUAAGCUGAGAAGAAGUCUUUGCCCCAGUUGGAGCCUUAUGCAGGAGAGCUUUUAAACACUCAAACCUCUACUUCUUUUCAUAUGAUUUUUUAGAGAGUUGGAGAUUUGAGUCAUGCAACCUUCCCCAAACCCUCGUUUGUCAUUAGGUAGACAAGCGUUACACGCAGCUGUUCACCAAGUCGGAAGUCCAAGCUGAACGCAUUUAAAUUUGAAUGUAAUAAUCGUAAACAACAUGCGAUUCAUACGCGCAAUUGAAUGCUAAAUAGAUUGUUCCCAUCAUCGCUUUUCUCCUCCACGUCAUGUACACGUAGUUACCGACGACCUGUGGUGAGUAGGCAUUUAAGAGUUACAGCAAUUGUCCAAUUCAAAAGAGCUCUAGCUCUAAUGCAGCUGGCUGAAAGCACACGAUGACGACGACGACGACGAACCGUUUGGUUUGUGUUAUUGAUAGGUGCACUGCCGCUAAACUGCAUCGAUCGUCCCUGCGCACCUUAAUUCGCUAUGCAAGACCCAACCGACGCGGUGCGGUGCGGCGUCGGAUACCUGGGAUGUGUGUA